AUGUUUCUGCGUCGGUUAUAUGUUGGUUUGGCCAUUGCGGCUCUGUCCGAGGCUGCACCGGCCCCAAUUAAGCAUGUGUUGCAUGAGAAACGCGAGCGGCAAGCGCUUGAUUGGGUAAAGGGUGACCGGGUUGAGGGCAAUGCUGUGCUGCCUGUUCGUAUUGGCUUGAGCCAGAACAACCUAGACAAGGGUUAUGAGUAUCUGAUGGAUGUGUCACAUCCAAGCUCUGCUCAAUACGGGCAGUAUUGGUCUGCCGACGACGUGCAUGAUAUGUUCGCUCCGUCUGACGCAGCUGUUGAUGCAGUGCGCGAAUGGCUUCACGAUGCUGGAAUUGACCCGUCCCGCGUUGUCCACUCGGAUAACAAGGGCUGGCUGGCUUUCGACGCUUAUGCACAUGAGGCAGAGAAACUCUUCGUGGCUGAAUUCUACGAGCACAACCACAUGAGCACUGCCAGCACAAAGAUCGGAUGUGACAAGUACCACCUCCCGGAGCACCUUGUGGAGCACAUCGACUAUGUUACCCCAGGAGUCAAGCUCACUCCAGUUCUCAAGAAGCACAAGAAGGCCAAGCGAGCAUCGCACCUGGCUAAGGUCAAACCUAACAUCGAGGCUGUAUCAUCUGCUGCCAAUGAACACUCGAUUUCUGAAAAGGCCAAAGGGCUCGCUCCAGAGCUCCAACUCUGUGGAUACAACAUGACCCCGACUUGCAUCAAGGCGUUGUACCGUAUUCCAGAUGCCACCAAGGCAAGGGGGGAUAACUCUCUCGGUCUCUAUGAGCAGGGCGAUUAUUUUGCCAAAUCAGACCUGGAUCUUUUCUACAAGGAAUAUGCUCCGUGGGUGCCACAGGGUACAUACCCGAUUCCGGCUUUGAUUGAUGGGGCCAACUACUCCGUACCUGCGUACAGCUCGCUGAAUACAGGCGAGUCGGAUAUCGACAUUGAUUUGGCCUAUUCCUUGAUUUACCCCCAGACCGUGACUCUUUAUCAAGUUGAUGAUCAGCUCUACGAGCCCGCGGAGGUUGCCACGACCAAUCUAUUCAACACUUUCUUGGAUGCUCUCGAUGGUUCAUACUGUACCUACAGCGCGUACGGCGAGACUGGCGACGACCCAAGCAUCGACGCGGUCUAUCCCGACACCCGUCCCGGCGGAUACAAAGGCAAGCUCCAAUGCGGCGUCUACAAGCCCACAAACGUAAUCAGCGCGUCUUACGGCCAAGCCGAAGCCGAUCUCCCCAUCAGCUACACCAAGCGCCAGUGCAACGAGUUUUUGAAGCUCGGCCUUCAGGGCCACUCGAUCCUCUUCGCGUCCGGCGACUACGGCGUGGCCUCGUUCCCCGGUGACGGCACUGAGAAUGGGUGCCUAGGCCCUGAGCAGAAGAUCUUCAACCCGCAGUACCCAUCGAACUGCCCAUACGUCACCUCCGUCGGCGGUACGAUGAUCUACGGAGACCAGACCGUCGAAGACCCGGAGAGUGUGAUGCACGCCAACCUCGGCGGGUCCGCGGCUAACUUCAGCACUGCGGGCGGGUUCUCGAAUUACUUCCCUCAACCCGAGUACCAGAAACAUGCUGUCAAGAAGUAUUUCGAGAAGGCGGACCUGACGUACCCGUAUUACUCGGAGUUCAGCGUAGAUGUCGAAACGACGAAGGGUGUGUAUAACCGGAUUGGUCGUGCCUAUCCCGACGUUGCAGCCAAUGGCGCGAAUUUCCGCGCGUACAAUGAUGGCUAUGACUACCACUUCUACGGAUCAAGCUUGGCGUCGCCGCUGUUUGCUUCGGUUCUUAAUUUGAUCAACGAGGAGCGUCUAGCAGCCGGCAAGGGCACUGUUGGUUUCGUGAACCCUGUGCUCUAUGCUCACCCCGAGGUUCUGAACGACAUCACCAACGGCACUAGUGCGGGAUGUAACACGGAUGGAUUUGCUGCUAUUUCAGGGUGGGAUCCGGCUACCGGGCUGGGCACACCGAACUACCCUAAGAUGAAGAAGUUGUUCAUGUCUUUGCCCUAG